AUGUCUCAAUCACUACCCAAGAAUGUCCAUUGUUCGACUCACCCAUGCUUACAAGCAAAGCUCUCGCAACUUCGCGGCGCAAGUACAAAUGCAAGAGAGACAAAAGCUCUAGUACAUGAGAUUGCUUUGAUAAUUGGAUGCGAAGCUUUGGGUGCUGGAUUAUCUGCGACUGCGGGCUCUACAAGCAAGACGCCGUUAGGAUACGAUUUCACAACUACUGAAAUCUUACCGUCGACAAUCUCAAUUGUACCAAUUUUACGGUCUGGUUUAGGGAUGCUAGAUGCCGUUCAGACCCUCCUCCCGAACCCUGUACCAGUACAUCAUCUGGGACUUUUCCGCGAACCAACAACACUUGAGCCAGUAGAAUACUACAACAACCUCCCCCACCACCGUGUCGCUACCUCGACCAGCACUUCUAAUAGCGGCGCUUCAGACCUAGCUAUCCUCUUGGAUCCCGUCAUCGCUACUGGAGGUACCUGUGCUGCGGCAAUCCAGACACUGAAAGAGUGGGGUGUGAAACGCGUUAUUGUCAUUGCAAUUUUGGGAGCUGUGCCGGGGUUGGAAAGAGCUGCAGGAGAGUGGCCGGAAGGAGUAGAGAUCUGGGUUGCUGGUGUAGACAAGGCUAUCAACGAUCGAGGCAUGAUACAACCUGGGUUGGGAGAUGUCGGAGAUCGUUUGUUCUUAACAAUCGGAAAGUAA